AUGUAUCUCGCGUACAAGCAUGUGAAGAAAAAGCGGCAAGCUGCCGCUGCUGAAGCAGCUGCAACAGCAACUGCAAUAGGACAAGCACCAACACCAGGAGCACCACCACGAGAACAUGGUGCUUUGCUGGAGAACACUCACCCGAGUGCGGCGGCCAAGGAAACUCCCGAGGAGCGCGCCGAAAAGAAACGCCGGCGUUCAUACCGAUGGAAGAUCAUCCUGGGUCUCUUCCUACCCUUCACGUUGCAAGCCCUCGAUACCACUAUCAUUGCGUCGGCGGUGGUAUUUAUUGCUAAUGACUUCAACCAACUCGCCCAACUCAACUGGAUCAUCACCGCCUUCAACCUGACCUCCGCCGCCUUCCUGCCCAUGUGCGCCCAGCUCGCCGACGUCCUCGGCCGGCACACCACGCUGCAAUUCGGUCUCGUCACCGUCACCAUCGGUUCAGCUCUCUGCACGGCCGCGCCCAACACCGCGUUCCCUAUGCUCCUCCUCGGUCGCGCCCUACAAGGUGUCGGUGCGGCCGGGAUCAACAUCUGCGUCCGCACGAUCCUGGCGGACCGGGUGUCGCUUGGGGAGUUUGCGAAGAACUGGACUGUCUUUGCGGCUGUGUCGGGUAUUAGUUAUGGUGUGGGGCCGGUGGCCGGUGGGUACCUGACGCAGACGAGUUGGAGGUGGUGUUUUGGGAUUAAUUUGCCCGUGGCGGUGGCUGGGAUUGUGUUGGUUUGGGUGUUGUUGCGGAAGGAGUUGAUCGGGCCGGCGCCGAUUGAGAGGGUGUUGACGGGAUUUGGUCCGGAAGGCGGGCCGGGUAUUGCCAAGCCUGAGUCGAGACUGGACAGAUUGGGGGCGAGACUGGCAACGCUGGAUUAUGGUGGACAGUUGUUGUUCCUGUGGGGGUUUGGGUUGUUGGUGCUAGGCUUCACAUGGGCCGGGAGCACCUAUGCGUGGAACUCGGUGCCCGUGUUGGUGACGUUGAUCGUGGGAGGAGUGUUAGCGGUGGCGUGGGUGGUAUAUGAGCGGUCGAUGGCCCCGGGGAGAUUCAUGUCGAGGGUGUUCCCGAACCAGAAGGCCAUGAUGCCAUGGGGUCUGUUGACAGAGAAGGAUGUCGGGCUGUUGCUGUUUAUCAACUUUGCUAACGGCGCUGGCAUGUUUGCCAUCAUGUACUUCAUGGACUUGUACUUCACACUUGUCCAGGGGCAUACCGCCAGCCAGGCUGGUUUGUCGCUUCUGUACUUUUUACCCGGCAUGGGUGUCGGUGUCUACACCACCAUGCUCUUCGUCAACACCUUCCCUCGCCAAACCCUGCCCAUCCUCGUCCUCGGCACCACAUGCUCCGCCGUAGGCAUCAGCAUGAUCGCCUACGCCGUCCACACCGACUACCUCAACUUGGUGUACGGCAUGAUGGCCCUGACCGGCUUCGGCAUCGGCGUCAACACCAACCCCAGCACUCUCCACGGCCUUGCCUACUUCCCCGGCAGCACGGCCCCCAUCACCUGCCUAGCCUCCUUUGCCUACCCUUUCGGAGGCACCAUCACAUUGACCAUCAUGUCGACCGUGUUCAACAACCGCAGCGGCGCCAUGCACGAGGAUCCCAAGUCGGGUAUCUUCUGGGCGUACAUCUCGGUCGUCCCCAUCAUGUGGACGGCUGUGCUGAUCACGGCUUUCUUGGGUAAUGUGUGGAUUGGGAAGGAUGGGAAUCAUGAGGUCAUGCACGGGUCGUACUUUUUCCACUUGGUGACCGGUCGCAAGCCUCAGAAGAUCACGAUGAGGAGGAUGGAAGUUGAGGCCCCGGAGGGGGGGAGUGAGUACAUUGCGCUGAAAAACGCCCAAGAGGGUUCUCCGUUUGAGGCACGGAGAGAUUUGGAAUACGGGCGUCCGGUAUAA